AUGGCGGGCUCCAGUCCCUCUCCGCUGCCCAGGGCUCUUGCGAAUCCCGGGCAGUGGUGCUGGUUCAACGCAGUCUUGCAAGCGCUUGCAAGUAUCAACGAUCCCAGGUGGUGGGCAAUCUUGCGAUCCGUUUUGGAUGGAAGUCACGAAGAGGGGACUGGUUCCUGCGAAGCGGCCGAAGACUUACCGGCUUGCUUGGCCUCGGUGCUUCUGUACAUCAAUAACGAGAUAGCUCUUGAGCCGGACUGCGCUAACAGCGUGGUCUGCAACCUGGCAAAGGCCAUUGCGGAGGAGUGUGGCCUGAGCUCUGCCUGUGGUGAGCAGCAGGAUGCCCACGAGGCCUUCAUCCAAAUCCUCGAGGCAAUGCAUGCCGGACUUCAGAAGCGGCAGCUGAAUGCCAUCCUUCUUCUGCAGAGACCCGCCUGGGAUCCGCUGCAUCCUUGGCUGGUUCGGACCGCUUCGUGGGCUCGUGCCACUGCCGCCUGCCGCUGGUUUCAGGAGCUUUGGCAGGGGACCUUGGAGGAGAGGCGAGUCUGCAGCGCGUGCGGGCUCGUGAAAGUGGACGUCUGCUCCUCCAGACAGGCCUUUCGUUGCCUGUCCCUGGACAUGCUGCAAGGUGGCCAACUUUCAUUCUCCAUUGACUUGGCGUCUUUAUUGCACCAGUCCUAUGGAGGGAAGGGUGUGGAGGAGAUCGAAGGCUUGGUGUGUAGCCGCUGCUCAGCACGUGCUAGCCGUCAGAGAUGUUGGCAGGAGAGUCUUCGGGGCUCUUUGCUAGCACAGCAGGCGUGCAGGCGUUUGGGGGCCUUUGGAGAUGCCAUCCAGGAAGCAGAGCAUCUUAGCCUGCUUUGCCCUGCGGGUUCUCCAGAACCCGUGCUACGCCGCACUACGCAUUUUCGGUCUUUCAGGAUACACAAGGCACCUGCGAUUCUGACGCUGCAUCUGCGGCGACUGAUACAUGGUCCGUGGGGCCUGGUGCGAUUGCCAAACCCUGUGCGGUGUCCAGCUGCCAUGCUACUGGACAAGGCUCUUCACAGUUAUGCUUUAGCCUCCGUGGUCUCGCACUUGGGCACGGCAAACCAGGGGCACUUCAUCGCUCACCGAGCCUGGCACCCGCAUGCUCAGACUGAGAAACAAGCUGUGCCAAAAUCUUACACCCCCCUCGUCACCUCGGGCAAAGUCGAUCUGUGGUGCCCAGUUCUGGCUUCGCUGCGGUUCUUGAGAUCCUGGCGGGCAGGCUGCCCACUGCGUGAGUCCGAGGUGCAGCGAAGGACCUGG